CCGCAGCUAUGAGCAACACUGAUCCGUAUUAUGGUGCACCGGGCAGUCCGUUGGAUCUCAUCCCGGAAGCUCCUUGGGCCUUGCCACGGAGAAGUGAUGCUAGUGUUUGCCAGUUUGUCACUGGUAGCAGCGGUGCCAGUCCAACUCCGUCUCACUGCAGCUGCCGAAUUUGCAAGCACUACAAGAGUCAAGUGCACUGCGUACCAUGGUUUACCUACAAGUACCGGAAGCACCAUGCUGCCUUAGACGAAGAAAACCUGUUUAUCAAGUCCCUUGACAUGAUUAAAUAUGAGCACUCAUGGUACAAACUUCAAGUAACAGGCCAGUCACCGAUAUGUCGGUCCAAGCAUGCGGCAAUCAUGGUGGGUCGAAGAAUGUUCGUUGUGGGUGGCAUUUUCUCGAGGGGCUUGUUAAACGACGUCCAGGAACUAAAUACGGUUACGGGUGAAUGGAGGGAAUGGAGUUUAUGGGUUCCGGAACUGGGCUAUCCUGGCCCUCAUUGUGCCGGCCAUAGCUUGGUGUUCUGGGAGAAGAAGCUGCUUGUUCUUGGAGGCCAUGUAGAACCGAUGAAGAAGAUCUUGGAAGUCAUUGCUUUUGAAUUGGAAACACGUAAAUGGACAAAGCUUGACGUGGAUGGAGAAAUACCGAUGGCUCGCAUCGGCCACAGCAUCGUUCAUGUUGGUUCCAUGCUGAUUAUGUUUGGUGGCGAGGAUGCCAGAGGCCAGCUGAGAAAUGAUAUUCAAAUCUUGGAUCUCAAAACGUUUUCAUGGCUUCCUUGCAGCACCAUCGGCUCAAAGCCUUGUCCAAGGAAAUGUCAUACUGCUGCAUGCUACGCCGGGCGUUACCUGUGGAUUUUUGGUGGAAAAUCAAGAACUUCUUAUCUUAGCGAUGUGCAUUGCCUAGAUCUACGUGCGAUGGAAUGGGUUGCAACGAAGCCAAGAGGCAACGUCGUUCCUCGUGCUGGCCAUGCGAGUGUAAUUGUUGGCCACAGGUGGUACAUUGUAGGAGGAGAAUACAGCGAUAAAGAAAUUAUUGGAACUCUCGUGUUCGAUUUGCCGACCCAAACGUGGGCUGUAAUUACGACUGUUUCACCAAACUCGCCCUUGGCAAACGAUGGAAUUAGCAUUGUGAGCGCUCAGCAUCGCGGACGGAACUUUCUAAUAACUUAUGGUGGACACGGCUUUCGGCACAGCAAUCUGGUGUACGUGAUGAUGCUGCCACAAUACUUCCAGCUCCAAACAGGUUUUAAGAUUGAAAAGGCAUCUCGACUACGCACCUUUUGGAGCCGCUUGAUCAGCGGUAAAGCCCCGCAGAGAAAGAUUCGCCACCCAGAAAGGAACUCGUCCCGUCCAGCUUCAGCUGUCGAAACUGUCACUAACGUUGUUCAGCCUCCACAAACGGGGGAAGCCAUGCAACGACCACAGCAACAACAGCGUCCUUUUCUUCCAAGUGACCUCAAAGUUGAGUUCGUCAACAAGCCAGUGCCGACAUCAGCAAGGCAUUCCUGCGCGUCGGAGAUCGAGGUCAACAACCAAGAAAUGAUAGAAUCGCUGAUGAAGGACAAACAAAAGAUUGAGAACAAGCUGGAGGCUGCUCUGGAGCAGAUUAGCAAACUGACGCAGGAUUUCGUCGCUCUCCAGAACAAGAACCUUGGAGAUGGAGCAUCAGAUCACACUGCAAAGGAGGACCAGCAGCAGCAGCGAGACGAUAUACCAGAGCCGGAAGAGAAGCAGAUAGUCGUCACCAUAUAAGCUUUCGACCAACUGUGCCUACGAGCUUGCAGCUCCCGUUCUCAUCCAUGGCGAUUCCCUGGCCGCUCCUGUGCUUCCCACUGGAACUUCCCGUCGUGAGGAGCGUAUCCACGACAAGAGCUGGAGCUCUAUACACUGGACCUGCGGUGAAGAAAAACUCCGCGAUGAAUCUAAGCUCCACCUACAAGGGAGAAGUAACCAGCAAGUUCAUUAGAUAAAGAAGAGAGGGGCUACUCUCUUUUUUCUUUACC